AUGGCCGAAGCCGCGGAACCCACCAUGGACUGCAACCUGCCGGAGCUGCUGGCUCAGGACCUUGAGUUCUCUGCCCUCAUCUUCGCCGCCAAGAACAUGACUGCCGGCGCGCCCUCGCCUGCUCUCGCCUCAGACGAAGACGACUGGCACGACACUGCUGAACCUCCUUCCGUCCUCGGCGCACCAUGUCAUCCCAACGGAGUGGCUCAGUUCCAGCCUCUAGGUGCUAUCGACGAGAAAAGCUCAGCCAGCGAUGCGAGCCACCAUGACAUUUCAGACGCCGCUUCAAGCUCGAGCGGUGACUCCUUUAGCAUGGCCGGGGGUGACCUCGACGGCGAAGACGACGCCGCCGAGUCACCGCACAUCCGCCAACAUUCUGUCCUCACUGCAGACACCACCAUUUCCGCCUCGAGCCAACCCGUGAUCGCGUCAUCUUCAUCGCAAAAACGAGUCGUCUCCUUUGGAGGCGAAGCAGACGGAAGCUUGGAGAGCUGGAUGGACUUUGAGCCAGACGCGCCGGCGGAUCAUCCCGAGCUCGGCAAGAGCCUAAGCGCCAAUGCCGCAGCCACUACGGGCCGGCUGUCCAACCCGUUUGAAGGUUACACCCGGCCCACCAGUCGGGCCCGGAGUCUGCAUCUAGACCCUACCGCGGCGGCCGUUGCUGCCGCCGCCAAGGAGCAGAACCGCCAUUCGAUGCACUCGAUUCACUCACUUCACUCCGUCGACAUCGCCGUGCCCACGCGUUGCUCAUCGCUAAAGCACCGUGUCUCAUUCACCGAUGACGCCCGCAAGGCUAUCUCUACUCGGUCUCGUUCGCGUUCGCAUGCGUCUUCGCGGCACAUGCAACCCGAUCACAUCGUCGCGCCGGGAACGGAUCGUAGCUCUAUUAUCUCCGACCUCAAGGAGGAACUAGAGCCAUGCGUCUUCCCUCAUGGAUCAGACUGGCUCUGUGACGCCCUCUACGCCCACAUCGUCGCGUACAACUACCUCGCGCCCAUGGUCCAGAACAGUACAACACAGUCGCAGCCGAGGCCACCCACACCUACUAGCCCCAGCAGCAGCAGUGUCAUCACGGAUGACUCCAUCCCCAAGAAGGCCGCCACCUUGCUCGGCCUCCAGGGCAUGCAGGACAUGACGACAUCGCCACCGCCGCCAAAGUCGUUGCGGAAGCGAUCCAGCAUGUUUCUCGGCCUCCGGACCUGUUCAGCAUCACGACAGAGUCAGAUUCCCACGCCGGCUCCUCCUACUGUGCCAACAAUGACGCCGGCAGCACACUCGGCUGCGGUCUCUGAUGUCCCCCUUCGGGAGCUGCAGCAGGGACUGUCGCGGUGUAUCGCGCACCUCGUUGAUCCGCUCGUCAUGCGAUCUCUGUGCGAGAUCGUCAAGUGCUGCGAGGAGUCGCCGAGCACGACAAGUGAUCGGUCUUUGUAA